GAUAGUAAAGAUGCUCAGAAAUGGAUUGAAAUGUUAUUAAAAGCGAAAGAAGCUAAUAAAUGGCUAGAUAAUAGAAGAGUAGCAAUUGCAAUAGAAAUGUUAAAGGAAGAACAAUAUGAAUUAAUAAACCUGAAACAAGAAAAUAAAAAGGUUGAAACCUAUGCAUCUAAAUUUAAAAAGUUAGCAAAUAGAGUAGAUGCAGGAGGAAUUCCAAAUGCUUUUAAAUUAUUACUCAAGCUAAACUGUUGA